GGGGUGGCAUUUUCUAUAUUUCUCUGUUCUCUUUUCAUAUUACUCCUCUUUUCAUAUUACUCCUCUUUUUUAAAAAGCAGAACCAAUUCUUCCUCUCUGCAUAUUCUCUUUCUCACCUGUUUAUUUUCUAAAUAAUCCAGAAAUUUCGUUCCAGCUAAACCGGUAUCCGAUCCAAGAAUCCAUCUUCAUUUUCCUUUUUCUUUUUAUAUACUGCAUCUUCCAAUGAUCUUGUUAUUAGUUUGAAACGAUGACGAGGGUAACCCGUGAUUUUGGUGACACUAUGCAAAAAGAAGCUGUUCCGGCAGUAUCUGCUGAUGUGAUAUUUGCUUCUAGUCGAUUCCCUAAUUACAAACUUGGGACCAACAAUCAGAUUUUGGAUGGCAAGGAUGAUCCAAAAGUUCUGUCCAUGAAGGAGGUUGUUGCCCGUGAGACCGCACAGCUUUUGGAGCAGCAGAAACGUCUCUCUGUUCGUGACCUUGCUAGCAAAUUUGAGAAGGGGCUAGCUGCCGCUGCUAAGCUGUCUGAAGAGGCUAGGCUCAGAGAGGCAGCUUCGCUGGAGAAACAUGUCCUAUUGAAGAAGCUUAGAGAUGCACUUGAAUCUUUAAGAGGACGAGUGGCUGGCAGAAAUAAAGAUGAUGUAGAGGAAGCUAUUGCCAUGGUUGAAGCUUUAGCAGCCCAGUUGACUCAAAGGGAAGGAGAGUUGAUACAAGAAAAGACUGAAGUGAAGAAGCUAGCAAAUUUUCUUAAGCAGGCUUCAGAAGAUGCUAAAAGACUAGUUGAUGAAGAAAGAGCUUCUGCUCGUGCUGAAAUUGAGAGUGCAAGAGCAGCAGUUGAGAGAGUGGAAGAGGCCCUUCAAGAACAUGAACAAAUGUCUAGAGCUUCAGGAAAACAGGACCUGGAGGAAUUGAUGAAGGAGGUUCAAGAGGCUAGACGGAUCAAAAUGCUGCACCAACCAAGCAGGGUUAUGGACAUGGAAUAUGAACUUCAAGCAUUAAGGAUGCAACUUGAAGAGAAGUCAAAGCAUUCUCUUCAGCUCCAGAGAGAGGUCUGUUUCUCACUUAUGUUUUUGCAGCUUCUGAUAAAAAUCAACUUCCAACUACUUCGGAUCACAUGCUUUUUACCUUGGACAAGUUGAAGGAAGCGAAGAAAUGCAUAAUCUCCAGUUGGUUUUUCUUGAAAUGUCAAAACUUAACUGCGUAAAGGUUUGAUUGAUUGCAUGUGUGAUCAUAUGUUUUCUUAAUAUCCAUCUUAAAAAUAAACCAGUGCAUAUUCUCCCCAAAUGCUUAAUGUCUUUCCUGGUUCUUAUUAUUUAAUGUUUCCAGUUUCCCCAAUAUGCUAGAUAUUUUUUCUUAGUGUUCUUCUAUUAUAACGCUUUUGGUGCAUAUAUUUUCUUAUUUCUUAUGUCUAUGCUGGCUUCUUACAUAGGUAUGUAAUGCUGUUGCUUGGAGAUACAGGAAAUUAAAUUUGAUUUUGGAUUUUUUAACCUUUUACUUCUCCCUGUUCUGCAGCUGGCAAAGAGCAAGAGGAGUGAGGAAAAUAUAUCUUAUCUAUAUGAGUUAGAUGGUGCCGAAGCAUUAGGCUCAUUUCUGCACAUUAAACCUCGCUCUGAAAUUUCUCCUGAGCUUUCUGAAUGUUCAAUUCAAUGGUAUCGUAUAUCGUCUGAAGGCGGCAGGAAAGAGCUUAUAUCGGGUGCCAAUAAAUCAGUUUAUGCUCCAGAGCCCUUCGAUAUAGGUAGAAAACUGCAGGCUGAGAUUAAUAAUGAUGGACAGCAAAUAAUAUUGACAACUGCUGGUGCCAUUGAUCCAGCUCCUGGUUUGGGAAGCUAUGUGGAGUUACUUGUGCAGAGACAUGAUGUAGAAUUCAAUGUAGUUGUUACCCAGAUGAAUGGGGCUAAUCAUCAAUCAGAAUCUAUUCAUGUUCUACAUGUGGGAAAGAUGAGGAUGAAGCUUUCUAAAGGAAAGACUACAAUCGCAAAAGAAUUUUAUUCUAGUUCGAUGCAGCUAUGUGGAGUUAGAGGAGGUGGAAAUGCUGCAGCCCAGGCAUUGUUUUGGCAAGCCAAGAAAGGGCUUUCCUUUGUACUAGCAUUUGAAUCAGAGAGAGAUAGAAAUGCAGCCAUAAUGCUUGCCAGGAGGUUUGCUUUUGACUGCAAUAUCAUGCUUGCUGGCCCUGAUGACAGAGCGGCUUUAGGAACCUAAGAGAACCUCAUCAGGUGUCCAUUUUGCUAAUUGUAAUUAUGUUUUAGGGUUUUAUUAUCAUGUAUUAUAAGUUUGUCUUGGUAGAAUGUGAGGUCGGUUUGGUUGUGUGUUGAGUCUUUCUUCACUAUUCUUUGUUGCCCCCAUUUGACCACUUAUUAUGUUUUUUCUUUUCCAUUUUUCCUGUACCAACGGCAAGGCAUUAUUUUAGUUUGCCUGUUUUUCUUUUUUCAAGUGUAACAUAAUCUCACAAUCUCAUUUGGAGAAUUCUUUGGAACUGUUCAUACUUUGUGUGAUUCUUGAUUGUUUUAAGAGAUUGAUUGGACGGAUUUUGCUUGUUUUA